AUGUCGAUCGAGAAGUUGGACUCUGAUAGCCAGGAGAAUCGGGGCCCCCAGGCUCAGGAACUACCUGCCACCGAACAACAGCCCGUCUCUCACAGUCAUGAUUCUGUCCCAAAGCUGUCUUUCAAGCCUGCAGACAUCAAAGAUAUCCCUACCUUUGCUCUUGGCGAUACCCUCGAUGUGACCCCAGUGUUCAAUUAUCUCAAACACUAUGGCCACAUCACCACUGCAACCCCAGCCCCCAGCCUCGAUAAGCCCGUCGAUGAGAACACCGUCUCGGGACUUCGCUCCUUCCAGGAGUUCCUGGGCCUUGAGGUUGAUGGCGUGUUCGGCCAGCAGACUCGAACCGCCAUGACGGCCUCCCGUUGCGGUCUCCCAGACCAUGACUCCGUUGCCGUCGAUGCUCCUUCUUUCUCUGCCGUUGGCCCCUGGGGUGAUCGCGACAUCCGAUACACCUUCGGCCCCAUGUCCCGCCACGCCACUGCUGAUUCCUGCAAGGCUGCUAUCCGGCGCGCGCUCGCCACCUGGGCUAACGCAGGUGUCGGCCUCACCUUCACCGAGGUUGCUGCUAACCAGAACCCGGAGGUCUAUGUCGACUUCCGCAACGCCAACGACCCGGACUACAAUAUGGUCGGAGGCGUCCUUGCCCACGCCGACUACCCACCCGGAUACUCCGUCGUGGUGAGGAACCUCCCUCUGCCUGUGCACUACGAUGACCAGGAGCACGUGUGGGUGAACGGCGCGGUUGCCAAUGGCUACGACAUCGAGACCGUCGCCCUCCACGAGUUUGGCCACAUCCUCGGCCUCGCGCAUUCCAACGUCGCGGGCGCGGUCAUGUUCCCCAGCGUCAGCUCCAACUUCACCCUCCGCAACCUUUCCCAGGAUGACCGUCUGGGCAUCCGAAACCUCUACCCCAACUGGCGCAGCAUCGGAGGUAUAUUCACCGGCACCCCGGCCGUCGUAUCCUGGGCCCCAGGCCGAACAGACGUCUUCGUCCGCGGCACCGACAACGCCGUCUACCACAAGUGGCAGAACGGCGGCGGGACCGGCUUCCUCCCGGCCGGCAACUUCGAGAACCUCGGCGGCACAAUCUUCAGCAACAUCUCCGCCGUCUCCUGGGGUCCCAACCGCAUCGACCUCUUCGCCCUCGGCACUAACAACGCCUGCUGGCACCGCUGGUGGGACGGCGCCGCCUGGCGCGGGUGGGAGAGCCUGGGCGGGCUCUUCGUGGGCGACAUCUCCGCCGUGUCGUGGGGACCCAACCGCAUCGACCUCUUCGGCCGCGGGAUGGAUAACGCGGUAUACCACAAGGCGUGGGACGGCUCCGCCUGGCGCGGGUGGACGUUCCUCGGUGGUAAGGUCGUCGGCUCGCCCGCGGCCGUGUGCUGGGGGCCCAACCGCAUCGACUGCUUCGUCCGCGGGCUGGGAAACGGCGUGCACCAGAAGACGUGGAAUGGCAGCGCGUGGCUCCCCUCCGUGACGGGCUGGACGGCCCUGGGUGGGACGGUCAUGGACGACGUCACUGUCGUGUCCCGCCGGGUGAACCACCUCGACUUGAUUGUCCGCGGGACGGGCAACGGUGUGCACCAGAAGACGUGGAACGGGAGCGCCUGGCUGCCCUCGGCCACGGGCUGGACGGCUCUGGGCGGCACAGUCGUGUCCCGCCCCGCGGCUGUGGCCUGGGGCGCGGAUCGGCUGACGCUGGCUGCGCAGAACGAGAACAACGCGGUGGCCGUGAAGGAGUGGAAUGGUUCGGCUUGGAAGGACUGGACCUCGAUUGGGGGCGUGGUCACGGAGUCGCCUGUCCUCGAUCCGCGGGGCGGCGAGCGGACCGCGGUCUAUGUCCGCGGCACCAACGCUGCGCUGUUCUCGUAUGACUAA